AUUGAAUAUGUCCUUUUAUCCUGGCUACAGAUAUCCAUAUGCAGCACCUCUCACAUCUUCAUUUGCAGCUCCAUUGACAUAUGCACCCCAAGUAUCCUAUGCUCCCCCAGUGUCAUAUGCUCCCCAAUAUGCUCCUCAAGUGUCAUAUGCACCCCCAGUGCAAUAUGCAAGACCUGUCACUCAAUCAUACGUUUAGCCAGUCGUCACACAACCUGUGGCUGUUUAACCAGUUUUACAACAAUCAGUGAUCGCAUAACCAGUUGUUGCUCAACCAGUCUAACAACCAAUCAAAGGGGAAUCAAGAGUUGAAUACAGAGAAUACUAAAGACCCGUUGUAGAAAUGGAAACUGAGACUGUUUAAGUCUAAGUGCCCAAAACAAAAUAUGUUACAGAUUACUAUCCUAUUGAAUACCAAACAGAAUACAUUCCCAGAACUGUAUACGAGUAACAAACCGAAUAUGUCCCUGUAACCAAAACAGUCCCAAGAGUCGAAUAUGAGGCUUUCGAGAGAGAAGUUUAAAGAGUAUAGACCUUGUUUUAUCACUUUAGCCUCAACAAGUCGUUGUCCAACAACCUGUCGUCUAAUAAGUUGUUUAAUAACCAGUUGUCCAAUAAGUUGUUCAAUAACCAGUCGUUCAAUCUGUUGUGUAAUAACCUUAUGUCCAACAGCCAUUGUCAUAUUCAUUGGUAAGACCAGCACAAACAUACGCUGCUCCAGUGGGUUAUUCAAGCGUAGCUCCAGUGGGUGCUUAUCCAGGCUACUAUGGUGGAUAUAGACCUUAUUGAGAUUAUUCCAAAUUCAACAUUAUAAAUAACCAAAAAAAA